AUGUCUAUCCAGAGUACCAAGGAGAAUCCUAUGCCGGCCAAGCUGUUCAAUGAGAAGGGCGAAUUGCAAAGACCAGUUUCUCAGUUUCGACACCGGAUCUCCAGCGAACCGGACGCCAGGUUUUCUCCUGAAAAGGGGAGAUAUCAUCUUUAUGUCUCGUACGCAUGUCCAUGGGCCCAUAGGACCUUAAUCGUCCGCAGACUCAAAGGCCUGGAGUCCAUCAUUUCCGUCACGUCUGUCCAUUACCACACGUCCAUCGUCGACAGCUGGCGCUUCGUUGCCGCUGAUGAAUCCUUGCCAAUGGAGGACGUGACUCCGGAUCCCCUGCAUCCGGACUUCAAACGCGUGAAAGAGCUCUACUACCUUGCCGAACCUAACUACACGGGCCGGUUCACCGUCCCCGUGCUGUGGGAUAAGAAGACGGAGUCGAUCGUGAGCAACGAGAGUAGCGAGAUUAUCCGCAUGUUGUAUACAGAGUUUGAUCAGCUUCUGCCCGAAGAGAAAAGGAAGGUCGACCUCUAUCCUGAACAGUUGAGGGGGAAGAUUGACGAGGUCAACGGGUGGACUUACGAUAACAUUAACAAUGGCGUCUACAAAUGCGGCUUUGCCCAGACCCAAUCGGCGUACCACACCGCCGUGACUUCCCUGUUCGCCUCCCUGGACCGAGUCGAGCAGCAUCUCUCGGCCAUGUCCAAAGACGGGCCAUACUACUUCGGUGGAUCCAUCACCGAGGCAGACAUCCGCCUCUACGUGACUAUCAUCCGCUUCGACCCGGUCUAUGUCUCGCUCUUCAAGACGAACCGUGCCAUGAUCCGCACCCACUACCCGCACAUCCACCACUGGGUGAGGAAUCUGUACUGGAACGUCAGGGCGUUCAGGGACACUACGAGCUUUGACCAUAUCAAGGGCCACUACUUCAUGAGUCUGACCAUGCUGAAUCCGAGCGGCAUCGUGCCCGAGGGGCCCGUGCCGGAUAUUGAGGGACUGGUUGAUCAGAUGGGAUAA